CAUAUAUCCAGCUCUAUCUCCUUUAUCUAUCUAGUUCUCUCAUCUUCUGGGCGGGAACGAGUACUGCCAUAGUAGAGUAGAGGUUGGUUAUAUUUCCGAUUAGCACUGUGGGGGUAGAAAUAGAGAUGGCUUGGAACGGGAUGCAGCUCAAGUGCGGUUCGCCCUUGCCCCUGCCGAAUACCACCCCAAGCAGCAAAAGCAAAAACCAGCAGCGGCAGCAGGAGGAAAGGAAGAGACGGCUGACAACGGAUCAGAUGGAAUCCUUGGAGAGGAGCUUCCAAGAAGACAUAAAGCUGGAGCCGGAGCGAAAGAUGAAGCUGGCUCAGGAGCUGGGGCUUGAGCCUCGCCAGGUGGCCGUCUGGUUCCAGAACAGGCGCGCCAGAUGGAAAGCCAAGCAGCUCGAGAGCCACUACGCAUCGCUCAAGCAGGAGUUCGAUGCAAUCUCAAGAGAGAAGCACAGGCUCCAAAAGGAGGUGAUAAAAUUGAAAGCUGAGCUCCAAGAUAGAGCACCAAAGCAAAGCUGUACCAUUCACACGGAAGCCUCGGCAGAAGAUACCGUGGAAAGUGCCGUAGUUGUUGUCCAGGCAGCUUCUACUACUCCUCACAAGUUAAUGGGAGGCAGCAGUUGCAUUCACGGCCUUGAUAAUGCGGACUGCUAUAGCUACACCAACACCCUUGAUGAUUCGAACAAGGAUUACAUGAUCAACGUGGAAGAUUAUGAUGCUGCAUUUCAAUCCUACUGGGGUGUGUUUCCCUGCUAUCCAUAGGCUUACACCGCAUUCCAAAAGGUUGCAAUUGUGCAAUUUUAGCUGUUCAUGGAUCGUGUGAUGCAUGAAUGCAUUGCAAGAGAAUAGAGCAGGGUAGAGAGAGCUUUUGUUUUUUUUUUCGGUUAGCAUGUUAGUACACAAGGUAGAGAGUGCUUCUUUGCACUUGUAAUAGUUAUGUUCCCUCCGUUGCCUAUACGUUUGUGCUUACACAGACCCAAUAUAAAUAGCUUUACUGCGUUUUACUCUCUAUUACUGUCAAGUAUGCUGCUUUUUUUUUUUUUUUCAUCAAUACAUAUUGGUUUCCUUUUUACAUUUGCUGGACCGAGUUGGAAAUUCGUACCUGUGCCGAGUCUGACGCUAGGUUCUGGAAAUUAAUGGGGAGCUGAUUAGGUGCACCCCGGGCUCACCCAAGAUGGUGCAGCCAUUACCAUGGGGCCCACCUUG